AGAGAUGGGGUUUCACUGUGGUCUCGAUCUCCUGACCUCGUGAUCCGCCCGCCUCGGCCUCCCAAAGUGCUGGGAUUACAAGCGUGAGCCACCGCGCCCAGCCUCACCUCCUGGUUUCAAGCGAUUCUCCUGCCUCAGCCUCCCCAGGUAGCUGGGAUUACAGAUGCACACCACCACGCCCAGCUAAUUUUUGUAUUUUUAGUAGAGACAGGGUUUCACCAUGUUGGCCAGGCUGGUCUCAAACUCCUGACCUCAGGUGAUCCACCUGCCUUGGCCUCCCAAAGUGCUGGGAUUACAGGCGUGAGCCAUUGUGCCUGGCCUCGAGAAGAAAUAUUCUUUGUUAAAAUGAAGAUGAUAUGGAAGGAAGAAAUUGAAAUACCACACUUAGCACCGUAGGCAGAGAAAGAAGACAGCAGGACAACAUUAUUUUAAAGGAGAGGGCUGAACCCCCCUCAUCGUGUCAAGUCAAUCUCCAUGACAACUUUCACUGAGCCUGAAGUAGUAUUCCUGCAAUCCCGUGGAAAUGAGGUUUGCCGGAAGAUUUGGCUGGGUCUAUUUGAUGCUCGGACAUCUUUAGUACCAGAUUCCAGGGAUCCUCAGAAAGUGAAGGAGUUUCUCCAGGAAAAAUAUGAGAAGAAGAGAUGGUAUGUCCCCCCAGACCAAGUCAAGGGGCCCACUUAUACCAAAGGCAGUGCCUCCACCCCUGUGCAGGGCUCCAUCCCAGAAGGGAAGCCCCUUCGGACACUUCUGGGUGAUCCUGCACCAUCUCUCUCAGUUGCUGCCUCCACCUCGAGCCAGCCCGUCAGCCAGUCUCACGCUCGGACAUCCCAGGCCCGGAGCACUCAGCCACCUCCCCACUCCUCUGUCAAAAAAGCCAGUACUGACCUGCUGGCUGACAUCGGUGGAGACCCCUUUGCUGCACCCCAGAUGGCACCAGCUUUUGCUGCAUUCCCUGCCUUUGGGGGCCAGACACCUUCCCACGGAGGCUUUGCCAACUUUGAUGCCUUUAGCAGUGGCCCCAGCUCUUCUGUGUUUGGAAGCCCCCCUCCAGCUGGUCAAGCCCCGUUCCAGGCCCAGCCAACUCCUGCAGGUUCAAGUGAUUCUGGUGCCUCAACCUCCCGUGUAGCUGGGAUUACAGGGAGCAGCCAGGGGACUCCAUUUGGUGCCGCUCCCCUGGCACCCACCAAUCAGCCAAACAGCCUCGCAGACGUGGGCAGCUUCCUGGGACCUGGGGUGCCCGCUGCAGGUGUUCCUAGCAGCCUCUUCGGGAUGGCUGGUCAGGUCCCCCCGCUCCAGUCUGUCACGACGGGCAGCAGUAGCAGCACAGGGCUGGCCUUUGGAGCCUUCACCAACCCUUUUGCAGCUCCCGCCGCCCAGCCCCCGCUGCCUUCCACCAACCCGUUCCAGCCCAACGGCUUGGCGCCAGGGCCCGGCUUUGGGAUGAGUAGUGCUGGACCUGGCUUCCCCCAGGCAGUGCCACCCACCGGGGCCUUUGCCAGCUCCUUCCCAGCACCGCUGUUCCCCCCGCAGACCCCGCUGGCUCAGCAGCAGAAUGGCUCUUCCUUCGGGGACUUAGGAUCAGCCAAGUUGGGGCAGAGGCCACUGAGCCAGCCAGCUGGGAUCUCCACCAACCCCUUCAUGACUGGACCCUCAUCAAGCCCAUUCACCUCCAAGCCUCCAACCACCAACCCCUUCUUGUAGCACUGUGUUUUUGGGGGGCCUCUUCCCUGCCUUCUGGGGUCCUCUGCUCCCUAGAGCUCUGGUGACCACUUGCCUGUGGGCAUUUCUAUGGGCCUUGGGGAUGGUGGAGGUGCUAAUGCUUUGCUUGGGGCCUACAGGUGAAAGGUGGCUGCCCUCAGAUUCCACAAAGCCUCUGCUCCUCUCCCUCGUCCCACCCCCACCCAGGCAGGAAGCCCAGGAGGAGUGCGGGCGGGGCCUGACCUGGAGGAGUGAUGGUUGAGGGGGAGGGAUUUUUUUCAAAGGAUCAGUUCCCUGUGGAACAGCUCUUCCCUGGGCCCAGCUCACGAGCGCUGCGCUCCUCGUGGAUGGGAGCACAGUGGGGAAGGUAGGGGAAAGACGAGGCACAGUAUUGACGGGGCAGUGACCAGACAGUCCUGAGACCCAGAAGGCCCAGGUGGCCCAAAUGCUCUUGGUGGCCCAGCUUGGCCAGCACACACUUUCCUCCUGCAGCACCCCCUGCUGAAGGGGUCCCCAUUGUUUUGCUUCCCCAGCGCCCAGGAUGAGCGGUUUACCAUCGAGCUCACCCGGGCCCGGCUCCUGUCAAGCACUUUAGUUAGCUGUUGGUGUCAUGUUUGGAUACCAGUGUUUUAUAUUUAUACAUAGAGAGGAUUUUCUAAUAUAGCCUAUUAUAUAUAAAUAGAUCUAUCUAUAUGCACAUACAUGCAUAUAUACACACCCAGCCGAUCUCCCGCUCCCAGACCACUCUCAUAUGUGGGGAAUGGGAUGAAUCCCCAUCUGUGCCUCGACCAUCAAAGCCGGAGCUCCAGGGCUGGAGGGGGGCAGCCAUGUGUCCUGACCCCCACCAUCCCCAGAGCCUGGGUUUUCCAGGGAAAGGCUUUGUGCAAUUGCCUGGUCUUUUUUUUUUUUUUUCCCUCCAUGUGCCUCCCUGUCCCCAAAUCUCUGCACCAAAGCUCAUUGCAGGCAAUGUUGGAAAAGAACUGCAUUUGAACGAAAGAGAAAA